AAUCGUUUAUUAUUAUAAAUGAACUUUCAAAAGUCUUGAAUUAACAAAUUCAUAAAUUAAUUUUCUGUACCUACCAAUUGUAAAUAUUAAAUAUGAGCGAAAUCGAAGUUGAAGCCUCAGAGGCACCAGAUGGUAAACAAAAACGCAAGAAGGGAAAGAAAAAAGCGGAAAAGAAGUUCAAUGCACCAAUUGUGAUACCUUCUAGUACAAUGACCAAACAGGAAUAUCAGUCCCAAAUGAUGCUUGCUGCUUCACAGACUCAGUACCCAUUGGAAUCGUCUACGAAAUCUAAUUUAGUAUUAGGCGCAGGCAGUUCCAAGAUAUUGAAAUCGAAGCCUAGCAAAACUAAGUCAAAAUCUAAAAAUAUUUUACAAAGUUUUCUCCAGCUAACACAGGUUGAUGAAGAGUCGUACUCAUCAGGAUCUUCGACACCAGAAGAAGAGAAACAAGCUUCCAAAAAAAAGCACGUGGCUAAAGGUAAAAUCGUGAAACUAUCUAUUGAUGAAGAUGGUAUUGACAUAGGUGCUGAGUUAGAUAAGAAACCGCCAAAGAAGCCUAAAAAAGAAAAGAAAGGCAAAUCCAAAAAGGCUGGGAAAAUGGAGAAAGUAAAACCAGAAGAAGAAGAAGAAGAAGAUAUAAUGCUUACAAUUAUGAAAUUACAACCCUCAGCGACAGCACCUUCUGAAAGUAUUACAGAAACAGAGGAAGGCAAGGAAUCGAAAAAGAAAAAGAAAAGCAGCGGCAAAAAGAAAAAAGACAGAAAUAUAACUCCUCAAAUGGCGGAACAAUUGAAAAUGGAAGCCGAACAAGAAGCGAUAAGACAAGCUGAAUUGGAAAAAAUAAGACUUGCGGAAGAAAGAUUAAUUGCGAUAGAGAAAGAGAAAAAAGAAACACUUGAAGCACAAAUUCGUGUAGAACAAUUAUCAAAAACAAACAAUAAUAUUCAGAAAGCACUGGAUCAUUAUAGAGAGGCAACAAAAGCGGAAAGAGAAGAAGAAGAGUGGAAAUUGUUUGUCGAAUGCGGUAAUUUACCAAAUCCUUAUUUUUGUGAUCAAAUGAACACGUAUCUUCACAUAUGGGAAGAUGAAAUUGAAAAUACCAACGUAUCAGAUAUAUCUAUAAGAACAGAGAAUACUUUAAAGCUUAUCGGAAGUUUGGAGGAAUUAAUUACAAUGCCACCAGAAGCAGAGGACAAUAGUGAAAAAUUAAAAAAUUGGUUGUGGAUUCGUCAACUUUACAUCGAACAUCAGCAAAUGAGUUUAGAUAUUGCGACUUACAGACUUCUUAGAAACGUUUCUAAAAAUUUGGUGAGACUUGAUAUACCGACAGCCGAUUACAAUUACAAGGACCCCUAUGUUACUUUAUGUCUAUGGUUGAGGGUACAGUUACCGACGCCUUUACCAAAUCCGAGAAGACCACCAAAGCCAAGAAUAGAUAUCACCUUCAAAAAUUUAAAUGGUUUGCAAGUAAUCUUGCCAGCUACUAUGGAUCUGGAAAAAAUGGCAUUGAGAGUAAUGAAUCUGACAUAUGAUCAUUUAAGUGAUAAUUGUGAAUUCUUCGAUUGCCCUACAAUACCUGGACAUUACGAUUUAGAUUUGAAGGAAUCCUGUAAAAAAGAAUGGCGUAUUAAAUUACAAUACAAAUAUGACAAUCGCGAUAAAAAGGCUCGCCCAGUUAUAGAUCCUGAAAAUGAAAAUGCAGUGAUAUUAGUACCAGAACCAGAAGAGUUCGCGUCAGAUGAAGACAUUCCCCAAGUGCCAUACAAAAAGCUAGAGCCUACUGCCAGUCAAUAUGCCUGUUCUGUAGAAGAAAAGUUAUACGCCGAGGCCAGAGAGCAGUUUUUGUUAGAUUUACCUCAAAAUGUAGUGAAUUUAAGGAAAUACGUAAUACUUGGUGGUGUAUACCACAUAAAUUUGCUACACCAACCACCUCAACCUCAAGAUUAUGUUAUUUUGGAUUUGAAUAUUACAAGAUUAUUUGUUCCCAAGCAACUUGAGCACGUGGACUUCUUUACAAGUUAUACGCCUCCGGUGCCAUCAGAUCCCGACGUUAGAAAAGCACCAGAAGAGUUAGAAGAAGAGAUGAAGAAAAACGAGGAAGCAUUGGAUUCUUUAAUAUACAUUAGCUUAACGUGGCCUAAGCACGUGAUAUUUCUAGAGUUACCUAUAGUAUGUAUUUGGGAUGACAAAGAAAAGUACUGGACCAACAAAUAUAUUCAUGAUUUGAAGCACAAUGAAGAGAAGGGAACGUUAUCAUUUAGAUCACAAGUUUUCGGAAUCUUUGGAUUAGCUUCGUUGAAAUAUAGUAAUUUACCAUAUCAAGCAUGGGAAAUAAAACCAGAAGAAAAUGGAUCAAUUAAUAUAUCGAUCACAUCGGCAAUAUUGAUUUUUGAAUUCAAAAUUCAAGAUGGGAAAAUAUGCUUAAUUUGGGUACAAAAUAGUCCAAAUGAUGCUUUGAAAUCAUACAUUGGAAAAUACAUGAAACUAUAUACGCUAAAAAAGGUAUUAAAAGAGACGGGUAUAAACAUAUUUCCUGAACACGAUGCAUUUUGUUACGUUGAAGGCUGUUGCGAGAAACAAUGGCCGAUGGAAAAGAAUCUUUACUGUAAUAUGGCAGCCUUGAGCGGCUGUUUUAAUUUUGCAUGGUCCAGAUGGAAUUUAACACUAGGUAGAAGAAGUAUCGUUUUAUUGAUGAGAGAAUACUCGUUCGAUAAAUCAAAACAAAAAAACUAUUCAACUCUUCUAGUUACCCCUACUAAUUCUACAAUAAUCAAUUGUACGGAAGUUAGUCAAGAGUUUUCGGAUGAACCUGUAGAAUCAAUCAAGUUUUCCGCCGAUUUGUACAACUUAAUGAAAACAAUUAGUGGAAUUGCAGUCAGAAAAAAAGUUGGAGAAUUUUCCAAAUUAAAUAUAUAUACAGUUUCCGAAUUCUUGAUAGCUACAAGAAUUUUGAGUUUCUCAUAAAUUUAAUAAUAAAA